AUUCUGCAAAUACCGGUACGGUUCUUCUCUAAUUUGUCUCUCAAAUCCACUGCAGUUUGAUUCCUACUAAAUAAUUGAUUCAAUUUCUCAAUACUAAUUCUUGCUUCGGUUAAGGGUUUCUUUGAUUGAAUUGAAUUUCACGGAAAAAAAGAUUGCUUUUGUUGUGGGUGGCACUGGACAUGUCGCAUCUUUGCUCAUCGAGCUAUUGCUUCAGAAGGGGUAUUCUGUCAAUACUACUGUCAGAGACCCAGGUUCUUCCUUUUCUUUUCUAUUGAUAAUGCAUAUCUUGUGGAUUUAUGAAACUGUAAUCUUUUCACAUAGGAUGUUAUGGAAGAGAAGUAUGGCUCUGCAGCCAUCUGUUUUGUUUCUUUCCUUCUCGACAUUUUGGACUUCGAGGCUGAUGGGACUAUGGGAGAAAUAAGUACCUUGAGAUGACGUUAGCAGUUGCAGAGAAGUUCAAGAGGAGUCCUUACAGCUAUGUUUGGGCAGCUGCUGGUAAGCAGCCAGAUCUUGAAAAGCAUGACCUCAAAGUACAGUGCAAUGAGAACUAUGUGAAUAUAGAUCCAGCCAAUACAAAAUGUGUAGCUGCUUAUGAACUUUACGAAAAAUGCGUUAAACAUUUAUUUUGCAGUGACAUUUUGGAACCGAAAUGUACUUUUGCAUCGCCAAAAGUGGACCAAAGAGAAAUGCCUCGCAGAGCUCUACAAGAAAAUCCUACUAAUUUUAUCCUUUCACCUCCCAAAAUUCCUGAUUUAUGGUGCCGGGUUGACAAUUUUUCUCCUUAUCAUUCUGAUAUUUUGAAUUCUUUAAAUUGUUGCGCAGUGAAAUAUCAUCAACAUUUUGACAAAAUCUUAAGAGGCAACCAAAAAUCUGGAGAUUGGCUUGCCAAACCACUGUUGGAAUUCCUGGACAUACAGGGCUGGUUGUCAUCAACAACUGCCUGAAUGGAAAGAACACGAAUGGGAAUAUAAAAAAGUUUCACCUUCAGAGAUGUCUUAAUGACAAAUUUUGUGUAUUAUGUAUUAUAAAUCAUGACAAUUGUUUAAAAUCUAAUACUAAGAUGGUGAGAACUUUUCGUGUACCAAUGCUGUCAUGAAUAUGUUC